UAAAAAUUGCCCCAAAAUAACACAGUGAGCUGUGAAUACUUCAAAACACUGUAAUAAACAUCUGGAAGAGCGUCUGAAGAAGGCAAAAUCAGGGUGGAUGAUACCUGCUGUUACUCUCCCGCUGCUCUCCCUCAAUCCAUCUUUAAAUAGACGGUGUCUACAGAUUAAAUACAGUUUUUUUUUUGUUAUCCCGCUACUAUCCAGUUGCACUCCACCCACGCUCCCCUUCUUGGGUCUUUCCAGUCAGAGGCCGCUCUAUUAUCUUUGCACCCAUCUGUCACACGGAUUUAGAUAAAUUUGUGAUGCUGAAUGUCAUUGUUAUGACUCUGGCCUUUAAUACUCCACCCUAUUGCUUGAGUCGGCUGGCAUAUUUGAUAUUUCAUAAUCUCAUCACCCCACAAUCUCCAUUUCACUUGAAUAAUCUUCAAUGCUAAUCUGCUGAACUGAUUGAGGAUUACGUCUUCUUUUUCCCCAAAGUGUUUCAAAAACACACUUCUCUCAUGAAAAUAAUGAGUCCAAUUAAAGAGAUUAUAGAUGAAAUGCAGUAAAAUCCCAUUUCUGGGUUGAGUUUAAAAACAUUUCCAGCUUGAUCUUCGGCCCCAGGGGUCUUUGCACAUUCACAUUUGUGCACAUGUACACACAAACCAUCCGGCGGGAUGAAGUCUGCCAAUCCCCUCUGACAGAUGACCCAGUCGUUGCCUUUGCAACAUCUGCAACUUAGUCCUUGCUGUCAUUAAGCCCCAGCCGAGCUUUAAGGAAGAAGCCCUGACGAUCACAGAGCGACUGAAUGAAUGUCUUUAGAUGUGAUGGAUAUCAACGAGUCCAACUCAACGUGUUCAGGGGAAGUUCUUGAGCUUCAGCCGAAUCCAUGGGAGGAGCUCUGGUGGGAUCCGCAGGGAAAGUUCACACAUGAAAGGAGCGGACGUUGGGAAUAUUAGGCUGUGAAUGCAACCAAGCCGAAUGGUGCUGAAUCUUUGUUUGAACGUUCUCGAAUGAAAAUGAUCCUGUUGAGACCUUUUAAGGAGUUCACGCUGAAGAUCUUUGUGAUUCAGGCGAAUGUGACCUUCAGGACUGAGGGCUGAAAUACUUCGGUGGGAAACAAGCAAACAAAGCCGUUUUUAAUCCUCGCUGAGCAUUGCUUUGAGACCCAAGCCUGGACAGUAAGCAUCUCUUCCCCAUGGACCAUUCUCCGUCAAUGAACUCAACGGUGGUGGAUGGAGACGAGCUGGAGGACCACCGGCCCCUCCUGCCACCGAGGAUGGUCGCCCCACCUCAGUCCUACUCGCCCCAAUGUGGGAUUCACCACACAGUCCAGACACCCAUCGACCACACAGCAUGGCUGGACAGAACCCAGGCCCUGGCUACCAUGCCUUUGUACAAUGGCCACCUCUACGUCACUGCGACGCCUCGAUCCAACAGGAGGAGAGAGAAAACCAAGGGCAAAGAGAAAAAAUGCGAGAAACGGCCGCAAAAUCCAGGUGUGAACGAGCGCAAUCACCAGAGCAAAACUAAGACUCUGAGCGCAAACAGACUCCAGGAGACGGUUACGUCCUUCACCGACGUGCCCAUGUCCCCCUGCGGAUCGCCCUUCAAGGGCCACAGCAGGUCCAACCUGGAUCUCAGGGAUGUUGACGGUCGAGGGUACCGCAAGCCAGGCAACGUUUCUCUGGAGAUGCACGACCGCCAGAGCCUCCCAGAGAUCAUCAUCACCAGCAAGGACGACAACCUCCAACAGCAGCAGCACAAGCACAAGGCGCUGCAGUACCACCAGCACCUGGGGGAGGCCAAGGGGCCGCUGCCAGGGGCCAAGCGCUUCACCAGGAGCCCCAGCCCCAGUCCUCAGCACAGCCCCAAACGCAAGGAAGACGCCAAGAAGGACUCGUACUCGCGGACGCACAACAUCGGCUGGCGGCUGGUCCGCAGGAGGUCCCUGUUCCUGAGGAGGCAGCGGCUGAACGACUGCGCCCUGGCGGUGGGGCUGUUCGGGGUGGUCAUGAUGGUGAUGGAGACGGAGCUGUCCUGGAGCAUCUACAGCAAGAGCUCCAUCUACUCGCUGUGUUUCAAGUCAGUCAUCAGUUUUUCUACGCUCAUCCUGUUGGGCCUCAUCGUGGCGUACCACUGCUGUGAGGUGCAGCUCUACGUUCAUGACAUUGGUGCAGAGGACUGGAGAAUAGCCAUGACAACCGACCGCUUCGCCCUGAUCGUCUUGGAGCUCUUCAUAGUGGCCAUCCAUCCUUAUCCGGUGGGAAUAGUGGCAUACUUCCAGAAGACCAAAGUCCGCACAACCCUCUCUGAGACCGAGCUGGAGAUCAUGCUGGCUUUGCCCAUGUUUCUGAGACUGUACCUGCUGGGUCGGGCCAUGAUGCUGCACAGCCGCCUCUUCACGGACACGGCCUCCCGAAGCAUCGGAGCCCUGAACAAGAUCCACUUCAACACCCGCUUUGUGGGGAAAACGUUGAUGACCACCUAUCCUGGCACUGUCCUGAUGAUUUUCAGUGUUUCUCUGUGGAUUGUGGCGGCGUGGGGCCUGCAUGUGUGUGAGAGGCACCACAAUUACAGAGACCUUAGCAGCAACUACAUGGAGGCCCUGUGGAUGGUCUCCGUCACCUUCCUGUCCAUCGGUUACGGAGACGUGGUCCCUCACACUUACUGCGGCCGCAGCAUCUGCCUCCUCACCGGGAUCAUGGGGGCGGGAUGCACGGUCCUGGUGGUGGCGGUGGUGGCCAGGAAGCUGGAGUUGACCCGAGCUGAGAAGCACGUCCACAACUUCAUGAUGGACUCUCACAUCUCCAAGAGGAUAAAAAUUGCAGCAGCGAAUGUGCUGAGAGAGACUUGGCUCAUCUACAAGUACACUAAGCUGUCAAGAGAAAGAGACCACACCAGAGUCCGCAUGCACCAGAGGAAGCUGCUGCUGGCCAUCCACCAGUUACGGAGAGUGAAGAUGGAGAAGAGGAUCCUUGCAGAUCAGGGGAACACGCUCGUUGACCUCUGCAAGAUGCAGAGCCUGAUGUACGACGUGCUGGCGGAGGUGCAGGGCUGCAGGGGGGAGCUGAACUCGAACAUCAGCAGCCUGGUGAAGAAUGUGGAGGAGCUGAGGGAGGGCUUCCGGUGCCUGAUGCCGCUGCUGUCCAGCACGCUGUCCACGCAGAACUCCUCCAUCCGCCACCUGCUGAGGGAGAGGGAGGAGAAGAGCGAGUGUGUGAGCGGCGCAGAGGGGUAGAAAGGCGCAGUGGGGAGGAGGAGAACCCGGUUUCAGGAGGUUUCUAUUGAAAAUUGCGCUAUGGUGGCCAUGCUGGGGCAGAUUUCCUGACUCAAGUGUUAUUUAUAUAUAUAUAAAAAAAACAUUAUAUGUAGCAGAAAUACAAACAUGUAGAAAUUUGUCCCAGCUCACUUCUUCUCAAGGUAUUUCUCCUGGACUAACACAAAACGUUUCACUGAUAUUAAACUGGAUUUGCAAGAUAUUAAAGUCUAAUGGUGAGUUCACAACAAACGCGUCUGACGCUUCAAGUUCAACGCGUGUGCACUUUUGGUGCGUUCACACCAAUCGCGUUUAGAGCGCCAGGCGCGUCUGGUUUACAAAGUGGAGCGUCGGACGCGCGUUGAACGCAUACGCUCCAAACGGUUCAAAUCCCCCGACUCUAGACACUCGAAACACGACAAACGGCCCUCUGCAGUCUGAACGGGCAAACGACCUGAAAGUGUCCCGCAUGCGCAGUAGAGGG